ACUAGUUUGUUUAUGUUGAUAACCAAUGAAACGAAAAUAAUGAAUUCAUAAAAUGUCGUCAAUGUUCAGAUAUAAUCUUUUGAGGAGUGUUAAACCGUACAUUCCCUUCGUACCGCAACUCUCCAAAUCUAUGCUACGUGUCCUUAUUCAAGUUUCUGUGCACUUCAUUGAGACAAAAAAGUCGUCUUCCGAGGUGCUUUCACUUGCAAUAAACAAAGUAUCAAAUGCAGGUCAUAAAAUUCCCCCGAACUUUUGUGAACUCUUUACAAUGGUUUUCCUAAUGAUGCAAAUAUUUUUGAGAUAUCCAAAAGGCGUAGUCAAACAUCAUGAGCUGCGAAAGUGUUUAAUGGAUGAUUUGAACUUUACAGAAGAAUACGUUGAUGAUAUAUGCAAAGUUCUCCUUAACCAUCGUGAAAUUCUGUGUAAAAACUUUUCCGAAACGAAAAUGGACCGUCCCAAGAUUUCAAAGAUGCAGUGGAGAAUUAACAUAUCUUUAUCUCUAAACACUGUUCACAUGGAUGAGCCAACUAUAGUUCUUCACUUUAAACUUCAAAACAAAGAAUUUAGAACUCUGGAAUUACCGUUAUCAAUGUUUCAACAAGUACGCUACAACAUCGCCUUGCUCUUAAACGAAUUGCAGGCAUUGCAAACCCGAUCUGUUUUAAAAUAAAUCCAUACAUAGACUAA